CGCAAGCACACACACACACACACACACACACACACACACACACACACACACACAAUCCUGUCUCAUUUGGCUGCAGCUCGAGCGCAUUGGAGCUUUUACACACCACUGAAACGACCUCACGUCCUACAAAGACCCUCGUUUUCGAUGAAGCAGUGAUUUCAUUUGGUCGAAAAAGAAAAACAGAGAACAGCAAGAUCCUGUCGCUGUGUGAAAAUGAGAUGUAUUCGGGCGGUUUCUUGGCAUUGGAGAGAUUUUUGAGAAUGAUGCGCGAGCGAGGAGCAAACAGUAUCGGUAACGGGCACGGCUCAGGGACGUGUGAAGCUGACGACGUGAACGCGCUUUCCACGAGAUGAGGUCUGACAUACCACAGCUACAGAAAUGGUGUAUGCUUUGCCGAUGGACGCUGCGAAGCCAUCUCUGCACACGACACUCCUGACAUAUCUGAUGCCUAACAAUUCAGAGAGAGACAAUGUGUCGGGUCUCCCAGCCAUUUCCCCCACACCUGUCUGCAACCUCGACACGUCCUCGUUUAAUCCCAACAGCACCCGUGUGUCCUAUGAGCUCACUCCGGCAGAAGUGACCAUUCUUGGGCUGAUAUUUGGGGUCUUUUGGCUGGUUUCGGUUUUAGGGAAUGCUUUAGUUUGUCUGGUGAUACACCGCAGUCGCAGAACUCAGUCGACCACAAACUACUUUGUGGUGUCUAUGGCUUGUGCUGAUUUGCUGCUGAGCCUGGGCUGCGCUCCAUUCGUUCUGCUCCAGGUCUCGUCCGGGUAUUGGCCCCUGAGUGCGGCGGCCUGCAAGGCGGUGCGUUACCUCCAGCACCUGUGCCCUGGCGUGCAGGUCUACGUGCUCCUUUCCAUCUGUGUGGAUCGCUUCUACACCAUUGUGUAUCCACUGAGCUUCAAAGUGUCUCGGGAAAAAGCCAAACGCAUGAUUCUGGCGUCAUGGCUCUUCGACGCAGCCUUCGUCUCGCCAUGCCUCUUCUUCUACGGAUCUUCAUCGUCAGUUGCACAAAGACACUGCGAGUUUUUUCUUCCAGGAUCUUGGGAUGGUCUGGCCUAUGCUUUGAUUCACCUCCUGUUUGGGUUCCUGGUUCCAGCACUUCUUAUCUUAUCCUUCUACCAGAGGGUCGUGCGCUACAUCUGGCGGAUUAGCGCGGAUGGACGCACGGUGCGCAGGACUAUGAACAUCGUGCCCAGAACAAAAGUGAAAACCAUUAAGAUGUUUCUUAUGCUCAACACUGUGUUCCUCCUCACGUGGAUGCCUUUUUACGUAGCGCAGCUUUGGCAUCCUGACGUAUCUGCUGGCACCAGCAGGCAGGGGGUGCUGUUCUUUGUUGCGAUCGCCUGGAUGUCGUUCAGCUCAACUGCUUCAAAGCCGACGCUCUACUCGGUGUACAAUGCCAAUUUCAGACGAGGGAUGAGAGAGACGUUCUGUAUGUCAUCGAUGAAGUGCUACCGGAGCAACGCAUACACCAUCACUGCCAGUUCACGGAUAGCUAAAAAAAAUUACGUUGGUGUGGUAGACUUGCCGAUGCCGGCAAAAACUCUCAUCAAAGAUUCUGUUUAUGACACUUUUGAUCGAGAAGCAAAAGAGAAAAAACUGGCAUGGCCUAUAAGCGUCAACCCACCAAACACAUUUGUAUAGAACGGCACGGUGAUAUGUCCAUUCAAACGUACUCAAAGGUGCUCAGGCUCACAUUUUUUGGAAUACACCUUGCAUGACAAGCAGACAAGCCGGACAUGACAAGAGCAAAAAUAUCUGAUAGUAACCAGGUGUCUAGCUCAUACUCGUGUUUCGUGAUGAGAAGCACUACUGUGUCAUGUGUCUAUAGUACAUCACCUGAUAUUGUUGUAUGUUGUUGUAUGUUGUUUCUCAUGAUCAUAAAUGUUGUGAUGUAAAAGAAACCAGCAGGUUAUGGAGGGAAAGUGAGAGAACUAUGAGCCUCUCAUUGUCUAUAUGUCCAUGGAGUCUAGAUUUGUUUCAUGGGUUUGUGAUGAACGUUAUCUACGCCGCAGUCGAGAGACGCGCUUUCUCACGACGCUCCGCCGUGAUGAUGCUUUCGUUUUGUUUCGUUUCUUACCAUAGAGUGUUACUUCCUGUAGGAAACAUGUCCUGUUCAAGUAAAUGUCCAAAACUGUGUUGCAUUAAACGAUGACAAGCAAAGAAUUAUAAUAAAAAAAAACGCAUCAGUUGCACAUCAAUUACAGGCUUAUUAAUGGAUUAGUAACAACGUUCUGUGACGAUCACAAUCUGAUGACAGAUUUGACCUUAGAUUUUAGUGGGCAGCCAAAAGGGUUAAACAGAUACGGGUCCAUUUACACAAUGAAUCGGAUGUGUCUUCAGUGCAAGGAGUUUAAAAGAUGAUUCCUGUGCUUGUGGCUUAAUAGUAAUUUAAUUAGUUUUACACACAAAAAAAGCACAAAGCCGCAGCGAAUUCAACGUUUUUGAACAGUCACAAAAAAAAACCUGGAGCGACUGAUAAAAGCUGAUGUGACAUUUCACAAUAUUAACUUUGUGUGCUUUUGUGUGGUUUGACUUUACACACAUAAUUACACGUUGUCUCUCUGGGCACAAAACAAAAUUUAAUUCAUUCAUCAAAACACAUUAAACCAAACGACAGAAUAUCUUUAACUGUAAUCUUUCUUGACAAGAGACAAAUUUUCUUCUACAUUUGUCAAAAUCUUCAGAAACAGGACAAGCCUAGAAUCUCAGAAAGACACUUUUGUAUUAUAUGAGAUAAAAAGAGGGGGGGCACGGUGGCUUAGUGGUUAGCAUGUUUGCCUCACACCUCCAGGGUUGGGGGUUCGAUUGCCUUGUGUGUGUGGAGUCUGCAUGUUCUCCC